AUGAGUGUUGUUGGGUUUGAUUUUGGCAAUGAGAACUGUGUCGUCGCCGUCGCUCGGCAGCGGGGCAUCGAUGUCGUCCUCAACGAUGAGUCAAAGCGUGAGACGCCAGCUAUCGUGUGCUUCGGUGACAAACAGCGAUUUAUUGGAACCGCUGGGGCUGCAUCCUCGAUGAUGAACCCUAAGAAUACCAUUUCGCAGAUAAAACGCCUGAUUGGGCGUAAGUUUUCUGACCCAGGGCUCCAGAGUGACAUCCAAUCCCUCCCUUUCAGCGUAAGCGAGGGUCCCGAUGGCUUUCCGUUGAUUCAUGCAAGGUAUCUCGGUGAACAGAGGUCUUUCACCCCUACCCAACUGCUGGCCAUGGUUCUGUCAGAUCUGAAGGUGAUAGCCGAGAAGAAUCUCAAUGCUGCUGUUGUCGAUUGUUGUAUUGGGAUUCCAGUGUAUUUCACCGACAUACAGAGGAGGGCAGUGCUGGACGCCGCUACAAUUGCUGGUUUGCAUCCUCUUCAUUUGAUCCAUGAGACCACAGCAACAGCUCUGGCAUAUGGUCUCUACAAGACAGAUUUACCUGAGAACGAUCCGCUGAAUGUAGCUUUUGUUGACGUGGGAAAUUCGAGCAUGCAGGUCAGCAUUGUCGGGUUCAAGAAGGGGCAAUUGAAAGUUUUGGCUCACUCAUUUGACGAUUCUCUCGGUGGUAGAGAUUUUGAUGAAGUUUUGUUCAGGCAUUUUGCUUCUAAGUUCAAGGAAGAAUAUAAGAUUGACGUCUAUCAGAAUGCACGUGCCUGCUUGAGGUUACGUGCUGGUUGUGAAAAGUUGAAGAAGGUGCUUAGCGCAAACCCUGAGGCUCCGUUGAACGUUGAGUGUUUGAUGGAUGAAAAGGAUGUUAGGGGGUUUAUCAAAAGAGAUGAAUUUGAGCACAUCAGUGUCCCGAUAUUAGAAAGGGUCAAGGAGCCUUUAAAAAAUGCACUAUCAGAUGCUGGUCUUAGUGUGGAGAACAUCCAUGCAGUGGAGGUGGUUGGUUCAGGGUCCCGUAUUCCUGCAAUCAUCAGGAUUUUGACCGAGUUCUUUGGAAAGGAGCCAAGGCGGACAAUGAAUGCAAGUGAAUGUGUUGCUCGUGGCUGUGCACUUCAAUGUGCUAUUCUCAGUCCAACUUUCAAAGUUAGAGAUUUUCAGGUUAUUCGUUUCCUCUGUUGUUAUGUCAUCAAACCGACUUUCUCUUCAUGUUAUUUUAAGAUUCUGUUGAUAAGUUGCUGCUUUCUCAACUACUUCAUGUAGCAUAUUGCCGCUCUUUGUAUGUUCUAUUUUUAUUUCAUGUAUCUAUUACUACGUGGUUUUGUAUUGGUUAUCAAGUGCCACAUCUCUCGCCUAUAUACAAAAUUUGAAUAUCAAACUAAUAUGGAUGCACCCUAUACUGUUUUCGUGAUGAAAUCAAUUGGAGAUGGAAAGGUUUGACGAAUUGGCUUGCUGGUUGGUGAAAUGUCAUGCUUCUCAUGCUGCUUUCAUAUAAAAUCCUUUAGUAGGUUGCAUGUGGUUUACACAGACUUGUUGAUUGCAAAUAUAUACAUUUUGGAAGUCAAGAAUGAAAUAUGGAUGAUAUACUAUCUCCAGUUGUCCUCAUGAGUUCUUUAUAGACGAAAAAAAAAGGCAAUUCUGCAUGUUGAUUGGUGAAAACUUUGUACCUUUCAUUCUGGAUUUACAGAGGAUUCUUUGUUGGGAUUGGAUGUAGUUUUACAGAGACAUAUAUCUGCUUUUGAAGAGGAAUAUCAGCACGAUGAUAUCGCCUUAUUUUUGCUUGUAACUAUUGUAACUAUUCUUUAGUCCGCUCUCAAAAGUUUUAUUCGCAAAGCUGUGUGGUACCUCUGUUUCAGGUUGAUUGUUCACUGCGUUUUUUUCCCCAAAACUUCUUUCCGGUGACACUAUGACGAAUUAUUCUCGUGUAUCUGAACAAGCCCGGAAGCGCACAUAGUUGUUCUCUUAAGGAUAUUGUUUCUUGAUCACUAUAUUAUAUAAUAUUUACAAUAAUACUCCUGAAAUCAUUGUUGAGAUAAAAAUAGGAUCCUGUAAACAAGUAGAAUUAGAUAACUUUAGUAAUGAAAAUAUGAGGAUUUGGAUAAUUUAUUCGUUUUGUGCAAGUGGGGCGGAAAGCUCAUGAUCAGAAAAAGAAGUAACAGUGAAACUGUCUGAUUGUCGUAAAAUAUUUCAAUUUUCCAUCAAUAUUUUGGAAGAAGUGUCCCUCUCUUUCAUCAAAUUUUCUUUUUUGGAUUCGUCAAACUUUUGCCAGUUGACGAGCUGACUGAUGUCAUUGGUCAUGAUACCUAAUGGACAUGAGGAUCAGUUCAGACAUAUUACAUUUUGGGUGAUCUUAUUUUAAGUUCCUCUCAUAACCUCACUAGGAAACGAGUCUUCUCUAGUGUUCUUCAGUCUAUGAUAGAAUUUUUGGUAGUAGUCAGGUUCUUGUCUAUUUCUUAGCUUCAAGUGAGAUCUGAGGAAUGUUGUUUGGAGUGCACGAAACUUUGGUCAGGAAUGCCAGAUGUACUAGUAUCUGAUCGUGAUGAGAGUUGAAGACUCCCCAUCAUCUCGAGGACCAUGCAGAGAAGGAACAAGCAUUGCAUCAAAAAAUGGUAUUCUGUGUCACCUCUGAUGAGCUAACUCUCUUCAUGAUCAGAUAGUCGUACACAUGGCAUUAUUGGCCAAAGUUUAUUGCAGUCCAAACAACACUCCUCAGAUCUCACUAUAAACUAAGAAAAAUGCAGGAACCUGACUACUACCAAAAAUUCUAUUGUGGAAUUAUUUGCUCUGUUUCAGUUGUGGGUGUAGAUCAAACUUUUUAAGGUCCAAAGUCAUCUGAGCCAUUGAUGCAAUGGUUUAUUCAUCCUAGAACAUUGGUGAUGCCUAAAAUGCCAUCCUUCUUUGGAGUCAAUGCUUUAACUAGCAUUUUGUAUUUUAGGAAACAGAUUCGAUGUUAAAUAAUCAAUAAAAAAUCAGUUGGAUGAAAAAGAUACGUAUAGGCUUGUGAACGGUUUUAUAGGCCAGCGUAAUAAAAAAACAAUAAACACGAUAAAGUAUCUAUGUGUCCUGUUUUUUCUCAAAUUCUGGUCAAAUAAUUCGACAGCGAGAUAACAUCAGUUUGGUGUUUGCAGGGUCUGUCCAUGAAACAAAUUUAUGGCUUUAGUGAGUGUGCCCUUCACAUUGUAGAGAAGUUUCCGUGAUUUCCGAUAUCAGUGAAAAUUACUUUAGUUUUGAUCCUCUUUUUAAUGAGUAGUUAUGGCUCUAGUGGUUGUUUAUUUCAUGCUUCUGUGUCCUUGAAUCCUUUACUCUCGAUCUGCUUCCAAUUUGUGACAUUCUGCGGGAUUUUUGUCUUCAGGUUCAUGAGAGUUUCCCCUUCUCAAUUGCUUUGUCUUGGAAGGGCACCGUGCCAAAUUCACAAACUGGAGUGACAGAAAAUCAGCAAGUUGUAUUCCCUAAGGGGAACCCAAUUCCUAGUGUUAAAGCAUUGACAUUUUUCAGGUCUAGUACAUUUUCAAUAGAUGUCUUGUAUGCAGCUGUGAGUGAGGUACAAGUGCCUGCAACUAUAAGCACUUGCACGGUAAUAUCCCUAGACUGGUGUUUUGUAAGCUGACAUGAGAUUUACAUGUUUUGGGACUUGUUGCCAAGUGCAUGGGGUAUUGUCUCAAUUUAUAUUUUUAUUGGACAGGUUGGCCCUUUCCAGACUUCCACUGGAAAUCGUGCAAAGUUGAAAGUGAAAGUUCGAUUAAAUCUUCACGGAAUUGUUUCCAUUGACUCAGCAACGGUGAGAUGGGGAGGACUGCGCACUAAAAUGUUCUGUUUAAUCAGGCAUUAAACUGAAAUAGAAUUCUUCCUUGUUUUUGAUUGUUUUUAGAUGAUAGAGGAAGAUGGUGCCGAGGUGCCAAUAUCUACUGUGAAUGAAUCGGCAAAAGAAGAUGUGAAGAUGGACACAGAUGAACCAAAAAACAAGGCAAAUACAGCGGAAAGUGAUGUAAGUAUGGAGGAUGCUAAAAGCAAUGCCGAGGCUUCAGUUUCUGAGGUGGAAAAUGGUGCAACAGAGAGUGAAGAUAAGCCCGUGCAGAUGGAAACAGAUAUCAAGGUUUGCAAACUUUUUUCUUUGUUUGGCAUGUAAGUUAUUUUAAUGGAAAAAUCAUGACCGCUAUACCAACUAGUCACUCCAAGGUUUCCUUUUUCUGGAUUGCAAAUUGUCAUAUUUUCAACGAACAGCCAGUAUUCACAUCCCCACUUAAACUCAUUCUAUGCCGUUUUUUUUAUACCACUUGACGUCUGGUGUGAGAAAUCAUUUCCUCUUUUUUGCGCUGCACCAUUUUACUCUCUGAAGUUUCCGAAUUUUGAGAAUUUACAUUUCUUUGAGAUAGGGUCUACCAUAAUUAUUGAGGUAAAACAUUCUCAGGAGUUUAUUCCCUUUUUCUGUUAUUUGGCACCUUAUUGUGUUGUCAGUUUGGGACUUUCCAUUCAUUAGAAUGAAAUUUAUUUACCAUAAGAUUGACAUUCUUUUACGGAUUUAUUAUUUCUUGGUAAUAUUUUGAUAUCUACACCUACAUUGCAUUUUAUUUCAUUUUAUCUUUAUGGAUUUUUCGUUUGAGGUAAGCGACUUGUUUUCUGCCUUGUUUUGGUUAAGUUUUUUUGUCGCUGUGAGUUACACAUAUCGUCAUGAAGAGUUCUUUAUCCAUUGUACACAUCGUGUGGUUUCUCUGGCUGAUUAUUUUUCCGUGCAGUAAUGGAAGACCUGAAAUACUAAUUGGGGAACUUUUUCAAGUUAUCAUUAAUCUACAGGCUAGGUUUCAAGAUUUACUUAAUGUAGUUCAAGCAGUUGGUUCGACCAAAAGUUUUUUUCGCUAAUGAUUUUUUUAUCUAGUCGGUGGACGAGAUUUUUCAGCAUUCCCAACAUGUUUGGACUUGCAAUAUGUCAAUUCAAUUUUGAUUCACGGGCAUGUGAGAACCUCUAAUGUAAUUUUGAUAGAUCUACUAUUCUCAGUUAAUUUUUUUUUAAUUUAAUGUCUAUGCUGAGAUUUCCCAGAGAUAUGAUUUCUCAAUUCAUCUCGUACAUUCUCUUUUUCUGAGACGAGUUUGUAUUGUGUGAGAGAAUUCUGUCACGGAGGUGAUUUCCUGUUCUUCGGACAUUCAUCAGCAACUCCUAUUUCUGUCCCAGGCUCGGAAAAAGAAGACUAAGGCUACUGUCCCAGUCUCAGAAUCCAUUCAUGGCGGACUGCCAGCUUCAGAUCUGCAGAAAGCCAUUGAGAAGGAGUUUGAAAUGGCCCUUCAAGACAGAGUUAUGGAAGAAACCAAGGAUAAGAAGAACGCAGUCGAAGCAUAUGUGUACGACAUGAGAAAUAAGGUAUGUUUUGUGCCUUCAUAGGAUGACUAUGUCUCGUCGAAGGCUUACAACUUACUGUUUGACGUUCAUUUGCAUCCAGCUUCACGACAGGUAUCAGGAUUUUGUCACGGCAUCAGAGAUUGAAGAAUUUGCUGCAAAACUCCAGGCGGUGGAAGAUUGGUUAUAUGAAGAAGGAGAGGAUGAAACAAAGGGUGUGUAUGUUGCGAAACUCGAUGAGCUGAAGAGGGUAAAUGUUUCUUCUUUAAUUAUCUUUUUUGUUAUCCCCCGUCAAAUUUCUCCUUCAGCAAGGACGGUUGAUGUGCAGCAAGGAGACCCAAUAGAGGAGCGUUACAAGGAGAAUCAUGAGAGAGGACCCGUCAUUGACCAACUGGUGUAUUGCAUCAACAGCUACAGGGAAGCAGCUCUCUUGAAAGAUCCUAAGUUUGAUCACAUUGAGAUUGCAGAUAAACAAAAGGUGUGAAAGCAUAGCAAAACAUACAUUUGCACCUGGUGAAGGCAUAUUGUCUCUGUAUGAAUUAUGAUCACUGCAUGGUUUUGAUCUAUCAAUCCUAACCCUUUAUGUCUCUGUUGCCUGCUAACUGUUGCCCGUCAUCCACAAAUUUAUUUAAUAGCCCUCUAGAAGGUGAUUAUUUAAGCUGUUACCAUGCUUAAAAGCUCGGUCUCCUUCUUGAAUCAUGCCACAAUCACAAAUUUCCAUCCAUCCAUCCAUCAUGCCAACAAUUGAUACAUCUAAUUCACAUCUACUUAGGUCAUGGUAUGAUUGGUGGUUUUUAUCUUUGUAGGUCAUUAGUGAGUGCAGUGAAGCAGAGGGUUGGCUGAGAGAGAAGAAACAGCAGCAGGACAAGCUGCCCAAGUAUGCAACUCCGGUCCUCUAUUCUGCAGAUGUGAAGAGGAAGGCCGAGGCGCUGGACAGGUAAGGCAACUUGUUAUUCAGUAUCUAUUCCUUCACGUUAUUCAUGCAUCUCAGUUCCUUUCCACCGAUGGAGACACGCUGAACCGGGGUCUGCGUGCAGGUUCUGUAGGCCGAUUAUGACGAAACCAAAGCCAGCCCCGCCCAAGCCUCAGACGCCGCCUCCGCCCCCGCCCGAAACUGCCUCUCAGACGCCCGCUGGGGAAGAGACAGAGAAACCAGCUCACGAUUCUCCAGCACCCGCUCCAGAAGCCAUGGAUACUGACAAGCCAGAGACUGCCCCGGGAGCAUCUGCUUGA